AUGCUGGACUGGACGAGUCGCCCGUGCACCUCGCCAUCCUGUUUCCGCUCAUCGCACUAUGCAUUCCCGUCCCCCGCGAAAGUGGUGAUCCACGGCUCAGGUUGCGCCACGUGUCAGCGCGGGCAGCGCUGCUCCUUCCGCGUCUGGGAGCAGCUGCUGGGGAAGGCGGUCAAGGAGAGCUGGUGGAGGCGCGACUUAGCUCUGACUUUAAGAGGCGCUGCGCUAGCUCACGGGGACAUUAGGUGUCUAGACCCUCUGCACUGCACGGAGUUUAGAGUGUCGUACCACGUGUGUGUGGGACUUCAGCAAUUACUGGGCGAUGCUGCACGUGGGGUGCGCCAAUCUCAAAUUUUCCCCAGCCCUUGCGCACCACAACCGCAUGCACCAGCACAGCCUCGCCUCCUGGCCAAUCACAAUCACGCCACGUGGUGA